AUGGAGACUAACACCUCAGAAACGAUAACAGAAUGGGCUUCUAACUACCGAUGGGAUGCUAUUAUUGUGCUGCAGUUUUUAGCAGCCAUUACAGGCGUCUUUGGUAACUUUUUGGUGAUAGUCGUUUACGUUUACCGCCAACGUAUGAGGAACACCACCAAUGCUUUCAUUGUGAAUCUUGCAGUUGCCGAUUUGAUUACAUCGUUGUUGAUAAUACCCUUACCAAGGUAUUCUAACAUUCCACAGUCUUGGCAUGGACGAAUGUACUGUAAACUGAUUUUCAGUUCCGUAUUCAUGUGGACUUCUAUAGUGGCGUCACUUUUAACACUGACUUUGGUGUCUUUGGAGCGGUAUUGCGCCGUGGUGCAUCCAGUGAGAUACCGGGUGAUUUUUUCCAAGAGGAGACCUAAAAUCAUCAUUGGUUGUACGUGGUUAAGUGCUUUGAUUAUAAACACAUUCCAACUGUAUGUUGUUGAUCUUAAAGAUGGAAUGUGUCAGAAUGUAUGGCCAAGUGUUGGUUUUCGGUAUUUUAUUGCUACAUCAGUUUACAUUUUUGAGUUUUUCGCGCCAAUGAUAGUGAUGCUUACUGCUAACAUUAUUACGGUACGGACUCUGAAGACCCAAGCAAGGGCUCUUCUUGCACGGGACCAAUCGCGCUUUAGCCCGGCGUACUCACUCCUCGAAGCACGCAAGAAAGUCAUUGAACUCCUGUUCAUAGUCGUGAUCACUUUCAUCAUUUGCUGGGCACCCGAUCAAUUCGCUUUCUUUAUCUAUCAUUUCGGUGUAGUUCCUGAGACCUACCUUGACGGGAUUUUGUAUAGGUUGUUUGUUCUCCUCGCCUUUGCCAAUUCGUGUUUGAACCCCAUCAUCUACGCGUUCAAAAAUAAACAUUUCAGGCAUGGUUUUAUGAAUAUGUUUCGAGGAAGAGGCAAUCGAGUCGGGAGUAACGCUGAGUCGGUCGCAGCAGAUGAAGAAUUCAAUACACCGAACGCAGUGUUACGGACAGCCCGAACGAAAGCUGUUUCUACCGUGCAACGAUGA